AUGGAUUCCGAGGAGGUCACUGUGGUCGUCUCGCCCGACGAGCGCCACGCCAAGGAGCUCCAGGUCGAUAAUGCCAUCCGCGCGAUACAGCACAAGAAGCCUCUGCCCGAGAUCGACUUCACCAUCCACACCAUGGAGGACGGGACGCAGGUCAGCACCAUGGAACGGGUUUGCAAAGACGUGCAAGCGCCCGCCAUGUACAAACCCACCGACGAGCAGUUCUUCGAGGAUGAGACCCAGCAGAAGCCCAAUAUCCAGUUCCUCAAGCAGCACUUCUAUCGGGAGGGCCGUUUGACGGAUGAACAGGCGCUAUGGAUUCUGAGGAAGGGAACCGAGCUUUUGCGCGCCGAGCCCAACCUGCUCGAGAUGGAUGCGCCCAUCACGGUGUGCGGCGACGUCCACGGCCAAUACUACGAUUUGAUGAAGCUGUUCGAAGUGGGCGGCGACCCGGCCGAAACGAGGUAUCUUUUCUUGGGCGACUACGUCGACCGCGGCUACUUCAGCAUUGAGUGCGUGCUAUACCUGUGGGCGCUUAAGAUCCACUACCCCAAGACCCUCUGGCUCUUGCGCGGCAACCACGAGUGCCGUCACUUGACCGACUAUUUCACGUUCAAGCUGGAAUGCAAGCACAAGUAUUCCGAAGCCAUCUACGAGGCCUGCAUGGAGUCGUUCUGUUGCCUGCCGCUGGCGGCGGUCAUGAACAAGCAGUUCUUGUGUAUCCAUGGCGGUCUCAGCCCCGAGCUUCACACUCUCGACGACCUCAGAAAUAUUGAUAGGUUCCGCGAACCCCCAACCCAGGGAUUAAUGUGUGAUAUCCUUUGGGCCGACCCCUUGGAGGAUUUCGGCCAGGAAAAGACAACCGACUACUUCUUGCACAACCACGUGCGUGGGUGUUCGUACUUCUUCUCCUACCCUGCCGCCUGCCACUUUCUCGAGAAAAACAACCUGCUCUCGAUUAUCCGCGCCCACGAGGCUCAGGAUGCCGGGUACCGCAUGUACCGUAAGACGCGUACAACGGGAUUCCCCAGUGUCAUGACCAUCUUUUCCGCGCCCAACUACCUCGACGUGUACAACAACAAGGCUGCUGUGCUCAAGUAUGAGAACAACGUCAUGAACAUCCGCCAGUUCAACUGCACUCCGCACCCGUAUUGGCUCCCUAACUUCAUGGACGUCUUCACUUGGUCACUGCCUUUCGUCUGUGAGAAGAUCACCGACAUGCUCAUCGGCAUCCUGAGCACGUGCUCCGAGGAGGAGCUCCGGGAGGACUCCUCGGCAACCUCGCCCGGCCCGAUCUCGCCGUCGCUGCCGUCCGCCGGUAGCGGGGUUAGAGAAGACCCGGAGUCAAUCGAGUUCAAGCGACGCGCCCUUAAGAACAAGAUCCUCGCCAUCGGCCGGUUGUCCCGUGUGUUCCAGGUGCUUCGUGAGGAGUCGGAGCGCGUCACGGAGCUCAAGACAGCGACGGGCGGUCGUCUGCCCGCUGGCACUCUUAUGCUCGGCGCUGAGGGUAUUAAGAACGCCAUCAACACCUUCGAAGAUGCCCGCAAGGUCGAUCUGCAGAACGAACGGCUGCCGCCUAGCUCGGAGGAAGUGCAGAAGCAACAUUCCGAGGAGCGUAGCCAGGCCCUGGAACGGGCUGCGCGUGAGGCCGAGCAGGAUAAGAAGUUGCAGUCGCUGUCGAGGCGGUUGAGCACUGACCGGAAACGGUAA